UUCUUGCUUGCUGCUGGUGAUCUUGAACACAACAAAAAAGAAACAAAUGGUCCAAACUUGGUUUCCCUUCUGCCGUUUGUUCGCUUACUCUUCUUGUAACUCGCCCGUUCCCUCGUGUCUGUUCACGCACAACCCCCGUACAAAGCCGCAUUUCAUAUUUUUUUACUAUUCAUUCUCCAAUGUGUUCUUCUUUUACGUUUGCACAUUCCUAAAAAUAGUGACGGACCGUUUAUUUUUUUUGGAUUUCGUACUUUUUGCAUACUAGCCCCCCCCUUCCCCUCCCCCUAUUCUCUCGAGUAAAAUCGCUCCGCCCCAGGUCUGGUAACCGCACAAACAACCGACGAGAAAAAACGUCUCAAGCAUUUUUGGGGGUUAGGCCAACAAGCAGCUAUUCGAUUAACGAAAACUGUUGCAAUCUUUUGUUUUCUCGUGUGUGUGUGUGUGUGGCGGUUUACACUUUGAGUUCCUUUUUGGAUUUCAACAUACAUCCAAGUACUGGGACACACACAGACACACAUACACACAUACAGAGCGAUACAUACACACUCUACCUGCAAACCGUUGACCAACAAUAAUAAUAGCGCACAUACAGGCGUCUAUCCGAUCGGAGCCUGGGUCGGUUGUGCAGAACUGUUGAGAGGCCACACGUCUUUUGUUGUCACUGGAAAACUCGGGCACGACACCACCUUCCGCAGUUCAUUGCCUAAAUCAUUCCUUCCCGUUGGUUCCCUGAAUCCUAGUUGCCGCUAUGGACGAGGUCAUUGACGUCGUCCAAGCGCUGCACGAAUACAAGAGUUCCGUUCCGACCUGUUUGUCCUUUCGAAAAGGGGAUAUACUUUAUGUACACAUAAAGGAUAAGACGGGUUGGUGGGAUGGUACACUGGGAUCAAAGCGAGGAUGGUUCCCUUCCAAUUAUGUCGAAUCUAUACCAGACGAACAACAUAUGCAGUUCAAACCACUUCCCUCCCUUCCCGAGUUCCCCUCCCCAACCUCCUCUGCCUCCGCCCCAAUGUCUGCCGUCUCACCUACCAGCACAUCUUCUCCACAAGUCCGACCACCGUCCAGCAGGCAGCAGCUGGAACAAACACUGUCCGCACUCAUGGAGGAAGCCAAAGCGUUGGAACACGAGGACUCCCCUAGCGCUGGCGAUGCAAGUCCUGUGCCGUCGGGAACGACAGCCGAGGCAGGGAUGAAAGCGAGAGUGCUGGAUGUGCCAAAGCCGGACGGUGGUAGUCUGCCAGCCGAAGAUGGUGAUUCGAAUGAGUUGCCACCAUUUUGGGGGCGGAAGACCACACCGCAAGGCGACGUUUACUAUUACAAUACCCAAACAAACCAGACGACUUACAGUUUGCAGGAGGUCAAGAAAGCAGCAAAAACCACAAAACGCUCUACCCUGAUAUUACUGGAUGCCACCAAAGAGUUGAUCUCAAAGGACAUCAUCACAGAAGCUCCACCACGCUUUGACUCCAUCGACUCCUUCGGCGACGCCUCACCACCAGAAGUGCGGCGCCCAAUGCGUGGACGAACAGAGUCGGCCUCGUCUACGUCAAGUUGGAUCCCCGGGCCCCAAUCGCUUCUUCCCUCCAACGCCAAACCUACAUGGGAGAUUCUCAUCAACAACAUCCUCCGCGCAAUCUCCGAACUCAACCGCGCUGCUAAAGAUGACCAAAAGGCUCGCUAUGUUGCGUUAGCCAACCAGGUCGUUCGAGCCAUACGGGACAUGUUGGCCAGUUCUGGGACGAGCUCAAAAGAGACACCCGCAAUGCAAAAUAACAAACAAUUGAGAGGCCACUACCACCACAUAAUGUCAUCGUUGUCCAAGCUGGUCUUGGCGGCAAAGGUUUCGGCAGGACUCUGGCCGCCGCCGGAUGCGGUCAAUAAAAUGAGGUAUCAGGCGGGACAGGUUCUACUGGCCAUUCGACAUUUUGUUUCCAUUGCGCAGGACAUACCCUUGGAGCUCAAACCUGUGUCUCCAACCUCGCCAAACGAAAUAUCGCUCUCAGUGGAUGAAUUUGACAUGAAGGGCGCUGAAUUGUCUGAUAUCGAAUUUGCAGCGCGACUGGAUUCUCAUUCGGACGCCAUCAUUGCUUCCAUUGCCAAACUCGUCAAUCUAAUAACCCAGGACCGACGAAUAUCAGGAGUUCUGAUUGACCAAACACGGGUGACCGUGACAGAGAUUGGUCAACUAUUGUCGUUGAUCGAGGAGAUUCCUUUGCAAAGCAUGGACGGAACCCAGGAUUCCCGGGCCAAGGAGCUUUUGACCGAAUUCCAGACCAAGAAGGAUGUCCUGUAUUCUGUCGUCAAUGAUCUUGUCACAGCUGCACGCACUACCAUGGACGAAUUCGCUCCUCCUAAUGCCCUUGGCACAUUGUUGGAAACAACCACAUCUGUCCUUCAAGCUGUGGAAGACGUCUUGAUGAUUACAAAAUUGGUCAUAGACCAAAAAGACUUGAUGGAACAGCGCACACUGCAGGAAGAAGCGGAAAGCUACGAUGACGAGCGAAGGCGGGACUCGGAAUUGAGCAUUCUGCAGCGACGGGCCAUGAGCUUGACCUUUUUGCAUGGCGAAGGUGGUUCAUUAUCUGGAGUCCCUGGUUCCUUGACACCCGAUGGCCACAUGGGUAGAGAUCGUACCGUUUCAUCCCCAGUAAUGCUCCGAUCUACAUCAUCUACUAAUGUCGGCCUUGUCAAAACUGUUUCCGCACCUGCAGCAUCAGGCAUGCGACGGCCAAGUAUAGAUGGUUCCGCGGCUUCUGUGGCUGCAUCUAGCGACGGGAUGUCGAGAUCGGGUUCUAUGGUGAAUUUACCGGCAGGUGGUGAUCACUCCCACCCACAGCACCAGCAACAAGCGCACAUGAUGCGGUCGCGAACGGAAUCUAUGGAGAGAUUUUCCGCGCGUACUUCAGCUAGUGCGACAGGUUCGCCAAGUUCAAGUACAAAACUGACCAAGUUUUUUGGAGAGGAGUCGCCAAAGUUGAAGAGAGCCAGCUCAGAGGGGCACAAACGACCAUGGUACCUUGGAUACGAUUAUUUACCAGAUGACAUUUCUUUCAACAUGGAGGGACAAGUCAACGGAGGGACAUUCCCAGCAUUGGUGGAACGGUUAACAUUGCAUGAUCAACCUGUUGAUCCCGUCUUCUUCACCGCCUUCAUGAUGCUUUUCCACCAAUUCGGCACUGCCGCAGAGUUUUUCAACCUGCUUAGAAAACGCUAUAUGAUGUCACCUCCACUACAGUUAAACCCAGAGGAAGUUAAAAUAUGGCAAGAAAAGAAGCAGACCCCUGCCCGACUGCGCGUAUACAACGCCUUUCGAUCAUGGCUGGAAAACUACUGGAUAGAUGAACUCGACGAUGAAUGCCUGGAUCGCAUACAUGAGUUUGCUUCGGGAGAGAUGAUGGAAGCUACCUCCACGCUUGCACUACGGUUAAUGGAACUUGUGCAAAGAAAGGUCAAUGGAAGUAUUGCAGGUGUAGGAACUCCAAAGCCCUCUCGUAGAACCGUCGGAAACGUCAUAUCAACCAACGGAGGAACAACCGGUCCCAGUAGCAACGAAUUCCUCCCACCACCACCCGUUCUUCCCAAAUCCCUCAAAAAGCUCGUCCUUCUCGAUAUUGACCCAUUGGAACUCGCCCGUCAAUUAACGUUGAUUGAGAGCAAGCUCUUCAAUGCAAUACAGCCUCUUGAAUUGGUGGGGCAAGAGUGGGCAAAGAAGAAUGAAAGGAGUCUGGCAGUCAAUGUGCGUGCCAUGACACGACUGGCUAAUGAGAUCACGAGUUGGGUUGCUGGGUCCAUACUGGCAGAAGUGGAUGUCAAACGACGUGCAGCGAUGGUGAAGCAUUUCAUCAAAGUUGGAGAGCGCUGCCUUUCUCUCAAUAAUUUCAACACUCUGAUGGCAAUCCUCUCUGCUCUCAACUCUUCCACCAUCAGUCGUCUUAAGCGCACGUGGGAACAUGUCUCUAGUAAAAUCCGCAUCUCAUUGGAAACCCUCAAGAAGGCAACAGAUCACAGCAGAAACUAUGCAGAGUAUCGGGCAUAUUUGAAGAGAGUCCAGGGACCUUGUUUGCCAUUUUUGGGUGUUUACCUUACGGAUUUGACUUUCACUGAAGACGGCAACCCCUCCACACGUCCGACUCCUUCAGCACACCUCAUCAAUUUCGACAAAUACAUCAAAAUCUCCCGCAUCAUCCAAGAGGUCCAACGCUUUCAGAUACCUUACGCUUUAACCGAAGUCCCCGAUAUCCGCGAUUUCAUUCAUAAAGAGAUCGAAGCCGCAUCCAAGCAAAGUGCAAAUGAGCUUUAUGGCGUCAGUCUGAUGUUGGAACCGAGAGAAAAUGAAAUGGAAGAAGCACAACGGGAAAUGGAAGCCAAAAUUAAGAUGCUAGAGAAAGCAGGGUUUUUGUAGUGGUUUUGUGGGAUUUGUAGGGAAGGUUUGGGUUUGUCAGGCAGUUUUUGGAAUUUUUUUUUAAGUGUCGGUUUUUUUUUCUCUUUAUGUGAUCAUAGUAUACGCAAUUACCCAAGGCACUCAAAAAGAUUGCAUAUCUUCCAUGAGCAACAUAUACCUCUGGCAAAAAGCCCGCUAUUAUCACAUGAAAUGCAUUCCGUAUCGGUCAACUAGCCAUCCACACCCGGACUCCACACUUUCAAAACCCCACUCCGGGUUAACACGACAAUCUGUGGUCCCCCGCACCCAACCUGAC